AUGAACAUCACGAUAAAGGAAAGUUUAGAGCACGUAUGUGAUGUUUUAAAUUAUUUUGGAAUUGAAUAUAUAACGGCGGAAUUAUUGAGAAGGGGAAAAAGUGACAAAAGUGUUAAGAGAAAAAAUGUAAUUAUUAGAUAUUGUUUCUUAAUAAACGAUUUGUGCCUUUUGUACUGCUUCGAAUAUAAAAGAAAAUUCAAGGCAACCUACAACCAGUACAUGAACAAGGAAAUUUUAAAGGCGGAAGAAACGUUUAUAAAGAAUGGCAAGAAAGGGAAAAUUAAGGUAAUGCCACGACAUAAUAAGAAUCGUGACAUAAAAUGGAACUAUGGCAGUAAGGAGUGGGACUACAAUGAUGAUGGUGUUAGUUGUAACGAUGAUGGUGUUAGUUGUAACGAUGAUGGUGAUAGUUGUAACGAUGAUGGCGAAGGUGAUAACGAUGAUAAUGACGACGAAGUGUACCCCUUCGAGGAGCUAGGGGAAGACGUAAAUUACUUCGACGAUUUCUACAUAAUAUCACCGCUAGUUAUACUUGUACUGGAAUAUUUUGAAUACCCUAGGUUAUACCAACUGAUGAAAUGUAAUUUCCAAAUGACAAAAGAAUUGUUGCUAUGUAUCGGUUUUCUGAUUGACAGCACUAAGAUGUUUGAGCAUUAUGAUAAAAGACAGCUAUAUUAUGAAAAAUUUUUUCAAAAUUUAUGUAACAGCAACGAUAACGCUAAUAGUAACAGUCGUAGUGGCCCCAGUAGUGGUAGAAAAAAUGUAAGCACGUCAUCAGAGAAGAGAGCAGACGAGAAAAAUAUCGAUGAACAAGGAGAAUACAAGUUUUACCAUUUCAUUAACGAGGCUAUGCUUCUACUAUCAAACAGACCAUACGAUUUGGAGAUUUUUGAAUACAAAUAUUUAUACAACUUUUUGCAAAAAUUGAAGAAGUGCACAAAUGGGAAAGAUGCAGAGAAUGGUGAAAAAGGAGCAAUAGGAGCAGUAGGAGAAGGAAGGAAAAGGUAUGACAUUAACAAAGGAAACUACUCUGAACAGAGCGUGAACAACUACCUGUCUAAAAAAAAAAAAAUAAAAAAUAAAGAUACACAAAGAGAAGGGAAAUAUAACACAAAUAAUGAUUAUACGAAUUGCUCAGAAAGAGAGAGAAACGUAAAAAGAGAAUACGAUGAAGAAACGAGGAGAAGGGAAGGCAAAGAAGAAGGAGAACGUCAUGAGCAAGAACAUCAACAACAUGGAUAUGGUAAUGGAUCAGUAACAAAGAAGGACGAUAAGAUUUUGAGCCUAUCUGAGUAUGCAGCAUAUGACUAUUCAACAUAUCAAGAGAGUUUCCUUGACUACUAUAACAGUAAUGCAAAUUAUGAUGAGGAAAAUCAAGUAUUCUAUUUAGAUGAAGAUAAUAACCAUAUCUUCAUAAAUGAAAUAACAAGGAAUAUAAACAAAAAUUGUAAUAAAUUAAUACAACUACAAAAUAAAAUGUCCGUAAACAUAAAUCAGCUAGAGCAUUUGGAUAAAAAUAGGUUACUACUAUUUCAAAAAUUUAACCAGUUGAUAAAUGCAUAUUCUGAGCCACACAGUGUUGUGGUUAACUUGAAUGAUAUCUACGAUUUGAGUGGUUCGAAACAAACAUCCUUUAUAUUUGAUAAGGUAUUAAUAGACAAACAAAAAAAAAUCGAUCUUAUGAACAAUGUUUUAUUUACUGUUACCAUUGAUGCUGAGAAGGGUAAAGAAGAUUUACAGAAUAAACCUCCGAGCAGUAAUAAUUUAUUUAGAGAAGAUUGUAAGAAAAAGACGUGCAUGAAUAGUAACAUGAACAUUAACAGUAAUAGUAGUUAUGGUGCGGGGAGCUUGCCCCAGGCAGAGGACCACUUCCACAUGCCGCAAGAAUUCAUGGAUAACAUAAAUUACGACUUGUUAAGUGACAAAAUAACUAUAAACGAAUUUUUAAUUUUAAAUGAUGUACCUUUGUAUAAUAAAAUUGUUCAUAUUUAUAAAUAUGGAAUACAUUUUUUCCAUUACGAACAAUUAAGGGCGGUUUUUUGGUUAUGGCUUCAAUCUAUUUUUCCUGAUAAUGUAUCCACAGAUGACAGUGUGAAAGAUAUGGAUUUACAAAAUGCACCUAUUGACUUUAACGACAUAAUUAACAAUCAAUUUUUCGUGAAUACUGUAGCUCCUACGAGUGGAGAGAGUCGUCUGGAAAUCAGUGUGCUAAGCGACUUGAACCAUUUUGAAAAGAAUUACAGGGUGUUGAAAGAAUACCUAAACGAUAAGGGGUGCACUAGCGGAUACAACAAGAUUUCAAGAAGCGAAAAAAAAGACGAGAGUACAAGUAAUUUGAAUAAUGCCACACUGUAUAUAAAUAAUUUACAUAACGAAUUUGAAGCCUUUUAUAAUUAUAAAAAGAAGUCUAAAAAUUUAUAUGACGAAAUGUUUGUCGAAUUUUUAGAAGAGAAAAAAAAAAAUAUGACCAUUCAGUCAAAUGUAGAAAAGGAGGAUUACACCAAUCUAGCAAAUAUAGUGAAUAAACAUUUAGUAGGUGUCGACAAAAUUUUGAAAUAUUACCCUAUACUGAAUUUUAGUAAAAUUGUCGAAGGGAUAAAGCAUCAAAAUUUUAUUCGAACCGUUAUUGAUGUAAACCAAAUAGAAACCAAUGACUGGCAUCGCAUGUACACGUACCACAAGGGGGAGAAGAGAAAUGUAUGUAAUAGUGGUAAUAGUUGUAAUAGUGGUAAUAGUGGUAAUACUGGUAAUAGUGGUAAUACUGGUAAUAGUGGUAAUACUGGUAAUACUGGUAAUAGUGGUAAUAGUGGUAAUACUGGUAACUGUAGUAAUAAUGGUAAUACUGGUAAUAAUAGCAAUGGUUACACUAAAAGUGGAAGCAGCCGCUGUACGGAGAACUAUAUAAUUAAUUUAACGUCUAGUUCGAGUUACCGUAUGCAGGAAAAACCUAUAACGUACGCAUCAACUAUUUUCAACUAUUCUGACCAGUUCAUUUCAAAUAAUGAUAUAUACACUUUUUCUGAUAAUAUUCACAAAGAAUGCAUGAACUAUUCAGAAUUUUUAAAGGGCAAACAAAACAAAUGCGCUCAUAAUUUUUAUCACGCCCUUCGCAAAAUUGAAAAAUACAUGAACUGUAUCACGUACAAUAUUUGA